CUUGGACCAAAAGAGGAUUCAAACGUGUUUAUGACUUUAGAGUAGAACCGUCGCAUUCAGUCAGUCAAUGGGCUCGGGCGCAUUGCGAUAACCGGCCUCAUUGUGUUCGCUUCAGGCUGGGAAGCAAAACAGAGAGAGAUUCGGUCCCGAAGAUCGCCCAAAAACAAAGGUGUGUCCAUCUGAAAGACAUUCAUUGUCAAAAAAGGACAGGACACGCGCAAAAGAGCGAGCUCGUCGCUGGGAACAAUGAUGCUGAUUGAAGUUCUGGUGUUAUGAGCAAGGCGCGCGGAUUGUUGGAAACCCAUUUGAUGCGUCACUUAUAGUUGUGAUCGUUCUUCAUCAGAUUAGAGUGUGCAGUGCGGAUUCCUCGCGCGCUCACCAAAUCAUUCCAAACGCGGCGUUUCUAUUAUUCCCGUGAGCGGUUCCUAGAUCCACAACGAUGAAUUACCAAUCGAGCGUCCCGGUCUCGGUGUCAGUGUCCGGGAUCUCUCAGCAGUCCCAGCCCUCCAUGCCCACCCCGGGUACGGUACCGGCACCGGUGCCAGUUCCCCCUGCUCAGUUCGGAUCCGGAUCGUCCGGGAGCUCCGGGGCGGGUCAGUUUGGCUCGGGAACUGUAUCGGGCCCUGCAGCGCAGUCCGGCGCGUCGGGCUCCCAGUUCGUAUUGUCCAACUCAGCAGCCAUCAGAGCCGAGAUCCAUCGGUUCGAGUCCGUCCACCCGAACAUUUAUGCAAUAUACGACCUGAUCGAGCGCAUCGAUGACAUGGCCCUCCAGAACCAGAUCCGCGAGCAUGUGAUCUCUAUUGAAGCCACAGUUUGUCACAGAGUUCAAAGGCCAGUAGGAUCCCAGUGACAAGAUGUUGCAUGCUUGUUCUUCAAGCAAGAGCAGGACGCUGGCGGCACACUUGGAAAAAUUGCACCUCACCUGAUGAAUAAAGACCCCUGCCUCUGUAACUCGUGGCAAGGCUGUUCGAUUAAAACCAAAUGCUUGGAUCCUCGGCCAUCACUUACUUUAAAUGAAUGCUUCAGGUUCAAUACGAGUUAAACUCAAUUGGCAGCAUUUGUACCAUAAAGUCGAUUUUCCACUGGAAUAAUUACCUUAGACUCGUACUUACAGUGAAAUUGAAAAGGGUUCAAAAGCAGGAAUGUGGAUCUUGUAA